UGACUUGACUUUUUCGGGCAACUAAACGCAUAAAUAUAGGGGAGUUAGUAGUGAUUUUUUAAUAGUCAAUCAACUGUUGUUGCUGAGUUUGCUUCGUGUGACUUCAAACAAAGGAAAACCAUCUGAAAUGUCUGGACGCGGAAAGGGAGGAAAAGUGAAGGGAAAGGCGAAGACUCGCUCCAAUCGUGCUGGGCUUCAAUUCCCCGUGGGACGUAUCCAUCGUCUCCUCCGGAAGGGAAAUUACGCAGAAAGAGUCGGUGCUGGAGCUCCAGUUUAUUUGGCUGCCGUCAUGGAAUAUCUGGCUGCUGAAGUUCUUGAGUUGGCCGGCAAUGCUGCCCGUGACAACAAAAAGACCAGAAUCAUUCCUCGUCAUCUUCAAUUGGCCAUCCGCAAUGACGAAGAAUUGAACAAAUUGCUGUCCGGAGUCACAAUUGCCCAAGGCGGUGUUCUACCCAAUAUCCAGGCAGUUCUUCUGCCCAAGAAGACCGAAAAGAAGACAUAAAUUCUGCAAAUCAACUGCUCUCAAG